AUGCAAUAUAUUGGACGAAUUUUCUCCUCAGCUAAACGGAUGUACAGUGAUAUCAAUAGUGCCACAUUGUGUGGAGCUAUUGAUGUUAUUGUUGUCAAGUAUCCCAAUGGUGAACUUGUCAGCUCCCCGUUCUAUGUACAAUUUGGCAAGACAGGCGUCUUACGGCCCUGUGCUGAUGAAGUAGAGGUCUCGAUCAACGGAGUACCACGUCCGGACAUAAGGAUGCGGGUGAAUCGAUACGGCCAGGCUUACUUCGAUGAUCCCAAUUCCAAUGAUCCCGAAAUGAGAGCCUCUUCGCCAAAUCUCGAUUCUGGAAUCCAAUUUGAUUUCCAACCAGGCCAAAGUUCACCACACUCAGAAUCCUCCUAUUAUCCCACUCCCCUGGAAAUGACGACUAGAACACAGGGCACCAGUUCUUCCAUUAUUAGUUCAAAACAGGAUAUUCUCCAGGCCCUUCCAAUGCUUCUACAGAGUUCCGAUUUCAGUGAAUUCGAGGCAAAUAUGCAGUGGUGGGAUCAGAAUAAUGUAGCCUCCGAUUCUGACAAACUCCAACUCUACAGUCUUACAGAUGAGCAAAGCAAGGCCGCCGCUCAAUCUGCUAGUGACAGUGUCUGGGUGUACUGGAAGAAAACCUGGUAUUCCUGGCGAACCGCUAAUCUCAAGCUUCGUUUUUUACGAAAUUUGGGAUCAGCUUUACCUCCGGACUUUGAAACUAUUGAGUCAAAAAUGAUGGAAAUUGAUCGGGAGAAUCCAGCUUUCGUACUAUUACCGGAGGUGCCUUCAUCAUUGGCUAGUGAAAAGGAGCAAGAGGGGACCCAAUUUGAAUUAGACCAAUCAGAAAACUCAGAGACUGGUGUAAAACCAUUUUCCAUGAUCCUACACAAAGCGUCAAACGAUGGUAUUGAUGAAAUAGGUCAAAAUCUCCGAUCUACUUUUAUUGGUGACCAUGCACUGUCCACGCCGAAUACACCUCCUCGUUCACCAUCCGCCAAUGAAUUCGCCUACUUUUCCGAAGGUCAUUCACCGAAGGAUUUCGAGGAGGAGGAUCAAAUGAGUCCGGGACUCAAUUGGCGACUAAAGUGCAAGUGGGAACAGGGAUGUAAUACCCCAGCUUUCAAGCUUUCGUCGAAUGACCUGAAAAGACUUAACCUCAAAGAUGGAGUGAAUGAGGCCGUGUUUACUACAAUUAAUAAAUACCAGGGCGCAUGCUCUUGCUACUGUCUCAUAUUUGUGUGGAACUACGACGACAAAAUUGUCAUUUCCGAUGUAGAUGGCACUAUUACCAAAUCUGAUAUCCUUGGCCACGUGAUGCAUUGGGUGGGCUUAGAGUGGACACACUUGGGUGUUAUUCAACUGUACAAGAAGAUAGCGGAAAAUGGAUUUCGUCUGAUGUACCUGUCAGCGAGGUCAAUAGGUCAAGCUAGUCCGACGAGGAAUUUCCUUGAGGGCUUGCACCAGGGUGAUGAAAAAUUGCCUGCUGGUCCCAUUAUCCUUUCACCCAACUCACUUCUUACAACAAUUCAAAUGGAAAUAAUUCAGAAGCGCCCACAGGUGCUUAAGAUAGCGAACUUGAAACGUUUGAGUGAACUCUUCCUCGAGGCCGAUCCAGACGCUCCAAACCCUUUCUACGCAGGUUUUGGCAAUCGUAUUACUGAUGUGGAGACCUAUCGAGCUGUGGGCAUUCCUAACUCACGAAUAUUCAUUGUCAAUCCUGAGGGAAUAAUCGAAACUCCAAUGGGCCUCAAACUACCAACCGGCUACAAUGCUCUCAGUCAGAUGAUUGAUUCAAUCUUUCCCCCGGGACAUCAAACACUGCCUGACAGUUCGGAGUACUCACAUUUCUCCUUCUGGAGGGAUCCUCUCUCAGAGGCCGAUAUUCCUCCUGAGUAA